GGUUCCCCAGGAGCCGGUGAGAAACAGAGUUGAGGGCACAAAAGACCAGCUCCGCGCUUCUGUGAGGGACGGGCUGGGGCGAGGUGACUGUCAUACGCCAGGGUCAGGACAGAAGCAGGAGCUGGGGAUGAGGACGGAAGCCGGGGUCGGACCUAGGGGAGGAGUGGGCCGCAGGGGCAUCCCGUCUUGGCUGGAAGGAAGGUGGGAUGGGGGGAGCAGCCGGACCUGUCGGGAGAACCAGAUGAGCCCCUAUCAAGAGCCCACGAAUGGUCACUGUUAUUUAUUGAACACCUCCUGGGUGCCCCCUCGGAUCUCCAUUAGUUUGGAAGCGCAGGGGUGGCGGCCAGGUCGCUAGAGCGCUCCUCUUUCGGGGAGGGCUUUUAAAUGAGAAUUAAGUUAGCUAAUAGGUGGAAGAUGACGUUUAGAUGUGAAGCUGGGGCUUAGAACGUGAAGGGAGAACGCGGAAUGUGAGGUUGGAAUUUAUAAGCCACAGUUGGGGCUCGCAUGGAACUCGGGGCAGGGGAAGUGGAAUUUGAACCCUCGAAGAGGGGGAUGGAAUUUGGGCGGCGGAGGCCGGUCGACCCGGUGAUGGGGAGAUAGGAGGAGACAAUGAAGGAGUUAGAUAAACAAUGGAGGCACCGCUCGGUGAAAUGUUUGUGAUUGGAUUCGGCUGAUGCAGGUGAUGGGGCGCGGGCAAGACUUGGAAGGCCCGGAACGGGUGGGGCGGGGCUGUGGGUGGGAGGAGUCCCCACUGGGGGCUGAUUGACAUUUCUCACUCAACCUGACCGAUCGCAGGUCGCAAGAUGAAGGUUCUGUGGGCUGCGCUGGUGGUCGCGCUCCUGGCAGGAUGCUGGGCCGAUGUGGAGCCGGAGUCGCCGCUCCAGGGGAAGCCGGAGCCCGAGCUGGAGCCCGAGCUGGAGCCCAAGCGGGAGCUGGAGCAGGAGGUGGAGGCCGAGGCCGGGUGGCAGGCUGGCCAGCCCUGGGAGCUGGCGCUGGCCCGCUUCUGGGAUUACCUGCGCUGGGUGCAGACGCUGUCUGACCAGGUGCAGGAGGACAUGCUCAGCAACCAGGUCACCCAGGAACUGACGACGCUGAUGGAGGAGACCAUGAAGGAGAUCAAGGCCUACAGGGCGGAGCUGGAGGAGCAGCUGGGCCCCAUGGCCUCGGAGACGCAGGCCCGCGUGGCCAAGGAGCUGCAGGCGGCGCAGGCCCGGCUGCGCUCGGACAUGGAGGACGUGCGCACCCGCCUGACGCAGUACCGCGGCGAGGUGCAGGCCAUGCUGGGCCAGAGCACCGAGGAGCUGCGGGCGCGCUUCGCCUCGCACAUGCGCAAGCUGCGCAAGCGGGUGCUGCGGGACGCCGAGGACCUGCAGAAGCGCCUGGCCGUGUACCGGGCCGGGGUGCGCGAGGGCGCCGAGCGCAGCGUCAGCUCCAUCCGCGAGCGCCUCUGGCCGCUGCUGGAGCAGGCGCGCACGCGCCACGCCAACCUGGCCACGCAGCCGCUGCGCGAGCGCGUCGACGCCCUGGGCCAGCAGCUGCGCGGGCGGCUGGAGGAGGUGGGCAGCCGCGCGCGCAGCCACCUGGACGAGGUGCGCGAGCAGAUGGAGGAGGUGCAGGCCAAGAUGGAGGAGCAGGCCAACCAGAUGCGCCAGCAGGUCGAGGCCUUCCAGGCCCGCCUCAAGAGCUGGUUCGAGCCCCUGGUGGAAGACAUGCAGCGCCAGUGGGCCGGGCUGGUGGAGAAGGUGCAGGUGGCCGUGGGCACCAGCCCCACCACCCCACCCCUGGAGACCAAAUGAGUACCCCGCGCGCGCCGCCUGGUGGGCCCCGCCCCUGCCCGUGCCCCCUGCCUCCCCCCACCCCAGCCUCCAGGAGGCGCUGUCCCGGCCCCAACCGGCCUCCUGGAGGGCCCUAGCUUAAUAAAGAUUCACCAAGCUCCACAGCA